AUGGCUCCUCAACAGUCUGCCUGUAUUGCCAAUAAUGUUCGAAAAACCAAAUACAACACCUUCGGGGCACCUGCUCCCAGAGGGACCAUCAAGAAACCUUCUGGUCCUCCAACAACAAACAGUAGAACCAAGAAGGUCAUCCCAAAAUCCAGCAUCAUCCCGAAAGGUGGUUCGCUGGCAUGCAUCAACAGUGGUGAACGAAUCAUUGACCAAGGAGUGUGGUGCAGCAACUCUUUCAAUGGUGGGACAGUUGUGAGACAAUUUCGAUUUGCAAGGAAUGCCUUGAUUUUGGAGCCUUAUACUUUCUUGACUAAGACCACCACCUCUAGGCAACUCUGGCCUAGAAUCAUCACUUCUCCUGUCGCAAUCAUCUCUAUCCAUCUGGAAGGGAUGAAUGACAUUCCCUCCCUCCUUGCAUAUCACCAUCUGCAUGACUGGCUUCAUGGCAACGUCGUUCAUGUUGGCUUGGACUUCCACCUAUGUGAUGUCCCUCACAAUGAUUUUGAAAGCCAAUUGGACACAAUGCUUGCAGCAUUUGAAAGGAAGGGCCAAUUUGAAGGAUGGACCCAGUUUAUGGUAAUUGUAAUGACUCAUUCAGAUCUGGACACAGGUUUUCCCCAUAUUGCACCAAAUAAUGGUGCUUCUGUUCCUGCUGAGGAGACAUCAUGCACAAGUUGUCUUUCACAUUAG